CCUUGUUGCUCUCGAUUGUCAGCAAGGAGAUCUGUUUGUUAGCAGCUAGUUUGCUAUAUCCACCAGCUCUCUGACCUGUUUUAGCCUAAUAAUAAUAAAUACAUAAAUGAAUAACCACAAUCUUAUAAACACAAGCCAAAUAGCUAUCAUAAACGUAACCCAGUCAGAAUCAGUUACUCCUUACUGCUCUGUAGUGUCUACCUGCAGAGAAGGUUUUUGCUCAGAGAUAUUCCACACAGCCACUGACGGACAAAGUCGAGGUGUAAAUUUGAAGAUGAGGGUCAGCCUGGUGUUUGCCACUUUUCUCUGCUUCACCACGUGGACGAGCAGCAUCCAAUCCCAUGGAUCAAUAAUUAGCUGUUGUCUGAUGGUGUCCAACACCCGCAUCCAAAGAGAACAUAUUGCUGAUUAUGUAGUUCUGACUAGACCCCAGUGUCCAAUCGAUGCCAUUGUGUUUCGCACAAUACACGAUAAAAGAAUUUGCUCCGACCCGGACAGCCUCUGGACAAAAACAACCAUGGUGAUGUUGGAUGGAAGAAGAUGGCAACAGAGUGGACCGCACAGUAGAGAGAAUGAACAGAACGACGAGGGAGCAACAAGCGCCGUCACACCAGCGACGGCCACCACGUCAAAACUGCACCACAAAGAAAAGCCAAAAGUCCAAUGGAAGAAUGUGCUAAAUAUCUUUUGUCUGAGGAAUCACAACACAAGUCCCAGUUACCACAGUCAGCAAACAUCGCUCUUUCCAGUUGUGCUUCUCCUGCUGUACUGCAUCAGUGAACAGUAAACUCAUGUGAAACAAAGUCAGGCUUUUAUAUAUUUGUUCUAUUGAUGAUUAAAUAUAUCAAUCAUAUAUUCAAACAUUUGCUCACCAUGCCUUGUUGUCUUGAAUAUCAUUGCAGUUAAUAAGGAAAUGACAUACACAGCUCAAUAAAGAUCACAAAUCUAGACGAAGAUGAACAUCUGGACAAACAAACAUACAGAGUCUAUAUAUAGAGUUCAAAUGAUAGCUGUAGACACUGUGGUUGGGUUAGUGGCUUUACUGUGGAAAUAUAUAAGACAUGUACUUUAUUGGGAGACUUGAGAGACUGCUUUCUAAGAAACACUUUGUUAUUUUAACACUGGUCGCUGCAGGGUGACUGUGUCUUAUAGAAAGUGUGAGUCCUGGAACUGAGCAGUUCAACAUCAUUAAUCAUUAGUCUGAUCUGUCCGGUGCCCAAGACACGUCCUCUCUUCUGUGGCCCAUGAUUCGUGGCCCUUUGCCUCAUGUCAUCCACUCUCUCUCAACUCUCAACCUGUCCUGUCCAAUACAGCCAUAGAAAAAAUGUCAAAUGAUAAUAAUGAUAAUAAAAUGU